AUGGGAGCUGCCUUGUCUAUCCCGCUUCUUCCCAUAACCACAAUAGUCACCCCGCUUCUAAGCUGCUGCGGUGCUGCCACCAUGUCUGGGCUCUGCUCAGCCAUGGGCGGGACCUUCCAGUCGUCAAUCAUGACCAGAAUCACCUACGCUUUCAUCCUCUUGUUCAACUGCUUGUUGUCGUGGAUAGCGCUAUCACCAUUCAUCGUACACAAGCUCGAGAAAGCCACGUUUGGUUUCAUCAACAACAAGUGUGGUCCUGAUGGCAGCGAGUGUAUCAGCUUCACCUCGGUGUACCGGAUUAACUUCGCCCUUGGAGUACUCCACUUGAUAUUGGCGUCGCUCCUUAUCAACGUCAAGUCGACAGCUAACCCCAGAGCGGUCAUUCAAAACGGAUGCUGGAGAAUCAAGAUCUUUGCCUGGUUCACGUUGAUCGCCAUCAACUUCUUGUUGAUUCCCGACAACUUCUUCAUUUUCUACGGCAACCACAUUGCCAUCGUCUUCUCGACAAUUUUCAUUGGAAUCGGACUCGUCUUACUUGUGGAUUUUGCCCACGCCUGGGCAGAAACCUGCUUGGAGAAGAUCGAGUUGGAGGAAUUGACUGGCGAAGGUGACUCGUCGGUAUGGAAGAAGUUACUUGUGGGUGGCACGUUGUCGAUGUACUCGGGAAGCAUCAUAUUGACAGCAGUCAUGUACUGGUUCUUUGCAGGAAGUGGCUGCAGCAUGAACAAAACGGCAAUCAGCUUGAACUUGGUGUUUGGAAUCUUGAUAUCGAUCAUGUCGGUGAACCAAACCAUCCAGGAGUACAAUCCACAGGCUGGAUUGGCUCAGUCAUCCAUGGUGGUAUUUUACUGUACCUACUUGGUCAUGAGUGCGGUUUCUUCCGAGCCAGACGACAAGUUCUGCAACCCCUUGAUUAGAUCAAGAGGCACAAGGACUGCCAGUGUCGUGUUGGGUGCUGUAUUCACGUUUAUUGCAGUCGCCUACACCACCACCAGAGCUGCAGCAAACUCGGCGUUCUCGUCCGAUUCGACCGAUGUCAUUGACACCCAGCCCCAGGCACGUAACGAGAUGAGAUACCAAGCCAUCAAGCAAGCCGUGGACGAAGGAUCUUUGCCAGAAAGCGCCUUGACCCAGAUGGAUUACUACGACGACGACGUGGAAGGCAAUGGCGACGAAGAAAAACAGUCUGUCAAAUACGACUACGCAUUGUUCCAUGUCAUUUUCUUCUUGGCUACCCAGUAUGUGGCCACCUUAUUGACUAUCAACGUCGAGCAAGACGACUUGGGUGAUUUUGUGCCCGUGGGAAGAACUUACUUUUCGAGCUGGGUAAAGAUAAUCAGCUCGUGGGUGUGCUUCGUGUUGUACGGGUGGAGCUUGGCUGCGCCUGUUCUCAUGCCCGACAGAUUCGGGGUCCAAAUAUAG